AUGGCGGAUCAACAGAUUCACGAGAUCUUCGGGCCGGUCGCACAGGAGGCAGCCAGCCGGCUCAGCAGUCUCUUGAUGGACGAGGACAAGCAAGUUGCUUUGAUCAAGGCCAUGGGCAGACUGGUAAUCCGUCAGAAGACACAACUGCAGGUGCUGAAGCAGAACUCGGCCUGGACGCUUUACCUGAAGCCGGGGCAGACAGGGGCCAUGCCGAUCCUGUUCAAAACUGCCUCCACCUAUCUCGAAGCCUCGCAGACCAAGUUCAUGGAAGCACCCCUUCGAGCUGUUCUGCUAAGCACCCUGUUCCAAACUCUACUCACUUGUCUGCAGACGAUGACCUCGGAAAACGAGGAGGAGACCCAGGCCCAGACCAAAGGCUGGCUGAAUGCCGAGGGGAAGUGGGUAUACCAACGUUGGGGCCCGGAGAGCCAGACCUUCAAAACCGACGACACGAAAGCUGCGGUCCCACACCAGGAAGUCAUCAGUCAAGUGGCCAUGCUGGUCACGGCAGUGACGGGGAAGGACGUGAUCCACCGGUUCAACGCCACGAAUGGCCUGCCAGCCAACCCAGAACAGAUCACGACUUUUCUUCUGGAAGUGGGCUUGAGGGCCACCGGAGUCGAGAAGGUUUGGGCAGCCCUGGAGUUCCUGUCGAACCUGACUGCUCUGCAACUGUGUGGUAUGCAACUCAAGAGAGACAAUCUCAAGAGGAGCUCGCUAGCAAACGACGUGCAGAAAUUGCUGCAGGACUACACAGGCUCUGCCUGA